AAUACAUCAAUCUAGUAAAAAGCAAAAUGAAACAUCUCCCUUUAGUAAACUCUAUGAAAAACUGAAACAUGAGUUUAAAGUGAAAAAAACUCUGCAAGAUGGAAAUAUAUCUCAACAAGCUGCAAAAGAAGAUGGUAAGAGUGUUCUGCCAGAACCAAGUGCUCAAAUUUCAUCAUCAAGUUGUGUUUAUGAUCUGGGAAGCCUGACUAAAGAAAAAGAAACAGGCAGAAGUGAAAAGAUUGAAGAAUGUAAAAUAAAAAUAAAGCAAGAAGUAAUCAGUUCAGAAUUUAACCAGAUCUCAGCUGUGGGAAGUGCUACCAAGAAGAGUUUUACCAGAAGUCCUCGAACUCCUGUUUCGAAGGAGAUGUCAAGAGAUACUGGUAAAAGAAGUCACUUGCAGGAUCAUAAAGAACUAAGUACAGCAGGCAAAUCUAAAGGAACUGAAGUUACAACCAAACCCAGUAAGGAGAAUGAUGGAAAUGCAGCAUUUUCACUGAAGCCGUGCUCUAUAGAAUGCUUGGAUUAUGAAGAUAAAAUGAAAAUACACAGCUCUGCGAUAACAGUAGAUAAACUAGCACAAACAACUAACAUGACAAAUGUUUCUGAAGUAGAUAAAUAUGUUCUGUCUAUACCAACGCCCAGAAGGAAGAGUCCUCGGUCUCAUUUCAUAUCGCCUACCAAAGAAACUAGUGGAAUGAAUCCUGUAAAUACUGAUACUCCAACAACUCGACGACGUGUGUCAUUGAAACGUAAGUCUUUUUCAGAAAUUUCAGGUGAAACUCAAAGGGAAGAUUCAGUGUGCAGAAAUGACAGCCUCGAACAACUGCCUUUGGCAGAAAAUAAAUGCUUAAAACAAAGGCAAAAUAGUAAACAACAUACACCAGGAAAACCUGUAAAAGAAGUGCUGAAAGAACUUUGUGAUCAGGCAAACUUUGGUAACUCAAAAGAGGGACAUUCUGAAACUCCUGCCUCUUUUUCUAAUUCCAAGAGCCCUAGAAGAAAUAACAGGCAAAGUAAAGAAUUAUCAAACAAAAGUGUCCAUUCAGAGACACUGGCUUCAGAAGAGUUAAUAGCAGAACUGGCAUCUCCUGCUGGUCAGAAAUCUGACUCUGGAAGAAAAAGGGGUAGGCCAAGGACCUCUGGACUGCUAACUGAAAAAGCAUUGGAUUCAAAUGCCGUUCAAGAACAUCACGGUAAGACUACAGACAGAAAAGACAGUGGAACUAAAGAAGAACAGGCUGUGAAGGGGUAUCAUCAGAUGCAAGAUUCGGAAGAUGCCAGUGUUAUAAGACCUCGUAGAUUGUCAUCAAAGAGAAGGUCUUCUGGAAGUGCUACUGUACUGAAACACAAUGACGCUGUCUCAGAAAUGAACAUUUCUGGCCUGUUGGCUGGAGAAGAAUCAGGCAAGACAAAAAGGAUAUCUCAGAAGAGGAAAAGUGGUGAUUUGUUACUUCAGCCUUUAGGAAAGAGAAAGAGAGUGUCUUUUGGUGGUCAUCUAAGUCCAGAACUUUUUGAUAAAAGUUUGCCUCCCAACUCCCCCCUUAAAAGAGGUGCGAUUCCUGCGAGACUGAGCUUACCGUUUGGAAACUCGCCACGUGCAGUUCUGAAAAAGGCUCAGGGAUUGAAACACUUUGCAGUCCAGGAACUUUCUGAACAUUUGCAGAAAGAAAAAAUGUCACCAAAAAAUUUGCCAACCCAGAAGUCCCCAGCUGCCUCAUCCCCUACCUCUGGGAAGGCAACACCUAAAUUUACUUUAGGCUCUCCAGCAUCUUACACAAAAGGACGUUUCUCUGUUUCUCACGUCACGGCACCAUUACCACUUGCAGAAGAGAAGGAUGCUGUGGCAGAAGACAUGAAUUCAAAGGAGAAAAAUGGUGCACAAGUGAAAACACCUAAAUCUUCUCACAUUAACCAAGAUGGUAAAACAUUUUUAAUGGCUACACCUGACAAAUUAACAAGAAGUGCACAACUUGCUUUGAAGGUCACUCCCAUGAAGAGGAGAAGUGGGGCUGUAGCAGUUAUCAAUGCAAAAAGAAGAAGUGGUGCCUCUAGUGCCAAUUUACUAGAAAGAAAAAUAAAAGGUCAUUUUAGUACAGGUCAUGCAGAGUCACCUGCUACAAUAGUUGUGGGUAGAGCUUAUUCCACCACAGUCAGAACGGCUGGACAGGUCCCUAAAGUGGUAAAAAAUCCUAUCUUGAAGCUAAACAUGAACAUGGACGAAAGCUUCACAGGAAUGACUGAAAUGUUUCAAACUCCAGAAAAUAAGAGUGGAAAAACAUUACCUUUGGCCACUGUUCAGAAGACUGAUUUUACACCAACGUGUACUGCAGUGGAAAUUUCUGAGUUGCACACUCCUGAAGAAUCUGGAGAGAUGAUGGUGUCACCGUUAAAUAGUUCAGAUGCUUCAGAACAGAAACAAGAUAGUCCGGGAAUUUGUCACUUUCUGAGAGAGAAGGAGUCUCUAAAGUCUAUGUUUGAUGCAAUAUCCCCAAAAACUCCUGAAAAAAGAAAAGCUACGCUGGAAGAAAAUAUUAGUGUGGAUGGUUUGUCAAUAAUUCCAGAAAAACAAGCAUCUCGGGUGAAAUCAGGAAGUAAAAGGAGGACUCCAAAGCAGAAGUUGGAGCCUGUUGAGGUCAUGUCAGGCAUCAAGCAGCUUUUAAGGACCCCAGAGCAAAGGUCAGAACCGGUAGAGGCCUUGUCAGGCAUCAAGCAGCUCAUGAAGACCCCGAAGCAAAACUCGGAGCCUGUAGAGGCUUUGUCGGGCAUCAAGCAGCUCAUGAAGACCCCAAAGCAGAAGCCGGAGCCUGCAGAGGCCUUGUCAGGCAUCAAGCAGCUCCUGAGCACACCAGAGGAAAAGUCGGAGCCAGUCGAGGUCCUAUCAGGCAUCAAGCGGCUCAUGAGAACCCCACAGCGGAAGCCAGAGCCAGUCGAGGUCCUAUCAGGCAUCAAGCGGCUCAUGAGAACUCCACAGCGGAAGCCAGAGCCAGCUGAGAUCCUAUCAGGCAUCAAGCGGCUCAUGAGAACCCCACAGCGGAAGCCAGAGCCACUGAAAUACCAACCAGUAGAAGACAUGAUUGGGGUCAGCCGUAUUUUCAAGACACCAAAGGAAAAAGUUGAACCCAUAGAAGAUAUGUUUGGUAUUAGUAGACUCGUGAAGACUCCGAGAGAGAAGUAUCAACCAGUUGAUGAUUUUGUGGGUCUGCAAAGGCUUAUGGCAGAACCCAGGCAGAAAUGUUCUGCUUUUGAAGUGGACUAUGUUGGAGUUACAGAAAUGUUUGAUAUACCAGAGGAAAUUAAGGUCAGAUCAGUAAAUGUAAUGGAUUCUAAGCAAGAACAUACUGCAUCUCCUUGUAUUAAUUCCAGUCAUAUAUAUGAAGACAAAGGAAAUAUUUCACAAGGUGAAGAUUUUCAACAGAAGGAAUCAACUGGUGAAGACCAGUCUACCCACAGACCAACAAGGGGUAGAUCACGGAAGACAGUACAUCCUGCUUCAGCAAAGCAUCAUGAAAAGGAUUUAACUUUAAAAGAAUUGCAAGGUCUGGAAAAAAAGAGCACCCAAGAAGAGAUGGGAGAGAUCAGUACUUCAACUUCGGUAGCUAAAAAUGAAGGAAGAGGAAGGAAAAUAAACCGUUGCAUACAAGAAGAAAUUGUUUCAAAGCACCCUGAUCAGGAAAAAGUUGAAACUGUUUCAUCUGUGGAGCCACAUGGAGCUACUCAAAGACCAGGAAGAGGUAAAAGGAAAGAACCAAAGGAGUUAAAACAUCCAAGUGAGAAUCUUGAGUCUUGUGGCAAAGAUUCUUCAGUGCUACGAAAAGAACUUGCAAAUAUGAAACAGACUUUGCAGGAGUAUGGCAUCAAUGACAUAUUAGAAACUGAAGAUGAUCCAACCAUAAAGAGAGUAAAUGUAUCUAGUAGCAUUCAAAAUGAAAAUUGUCAAAUGGAAACAGGUUUAAAAAAACCUGAAAACAAAUCUAAUGAAGGUGGUGUAGAAGACAGUGAAGAAAUGCUUCUGUCACCUGGGAAGAGGUCUAGAGGAGUAAAAAAAGUAGAAAACACAGAACCACUGAUUCCACCUAAAAGAGGAAGAAGAGCUAGAAAUGACCAAGUUAAACAAACUUCUUCAGAGGACCUUCAUGGGACAACAAGGAAGCUUCGCAAAGACCCAUCAGCAAAGAUGAUACAAAGAAAUGAAGGGGCUUUUGACAAAGAUACUGAGACUGCCACAGCAGAAGAAUCUGAAAAAGAAACUAAACUUGAAAUAAAGAUAACAGAGAAAAGUGUUAAGUCUUUAAGAAGUGCUAGAAAACACUUUACUGAAGUAAAAGCAGACAUUUUAUCUCAGGGAGAUGAAACAGAAAAUGCUCAGGAAAAUGCAACAGAGACAUCUCAAAGAUUAAAGGCAGAGUCACCUUCUGGAGAGACAAACAAAAUGCUGGUUACUGCUCUGAACUUGGAAGCAAACAGAAGUGCAGUACAAGAAACAAACAGAACUAGAAACAGGAGAGGCAAAAAUGAUUCUCUGGAGAAAAAGACUGAUGAGUUUGCCGAAGAUAUAAACAACCUAGAACUAACUACUCCCAAGUUUAAGUCAGAAACAGGAAUAGACAAAUCUUCUCUCAAAGAUUCUUUGAGCUGUGUUUGUGUCAAGAAUACAUGCCAAGUCACGAAGGACCAGAACAACCCACCUGGCACAUCAAUACCUGCUGCAAACAGUGGCAGUCUUGCUCAUAGCCGUCAAAAGCGGACAAGAAAUGAACAGGGAACACUUAAACCAAAGCAAACUGAAAUCCUGCGAGAGAGUCAAGCACGAAACAACGGAACUGCAUGUAGAAGAGGUAGAGGUAGAAAAGUUAAUUUUGAACUUGAAGCCAGUUCCAAAGCGGUUGGAGGAGAAAGGAGUUUACCUGAGGAUGACAAAGGAAUGACUUACAAAGGUGGUCAACAUGAGACUUCAGAAAAUCCUUCUUCACAAGUAAGGAGGAGCAGAAGAAAGCAAGUUGAUUCCAUGCCACAAAUAGCUUGUUCUACCUUUAUGGAAAAACAAAUAUUAAUUGCAGAUCAUAGUAAAGAUGAGGCUUUUGUAAAGGAGCAAGUUUCAGCUGUGGAAGCUACUCCCUCUUCAACAGAAGACAAUCCACUGAGACGAGGGAAAAGACGAGAGGUUGCUGCAGCAUCACAAACAUCUAGAUCUCUUUCUAUCAGAAAAAGAUGUGGGUUGCUAGAAGGUGAUGAUAAAAAGAUGACUGAGAGAGAAGAUCAAAAUCCAGCUUUGGGAAAUAAAACUUUGCAGGCAAAAGCAACUGUCUCGGCAAGGGACAGAAGGAAAAAGAUUGAUCUAGCAGCAGAGGCAAAAAGUUCAUCUUCUCUCCAGAGAAAAUGUGGCUUGUCAGAAACUGAUGAUAAAGAGGAGAGUACUAAUGAAGAACAAAAUAUGCCUUUGGAAGCAGAGUCCUGUGCAAAAGAGAAGCCAUUAGGAAGGGGCAGAAGGAAAGAAACUGCUCUGGUAUCACACACAACUAAUUACAUUUCUCUGAGAGGAAAACGAGGUUUGCCAGCAGAUAAUGGUAGAGAAGAAGCUCCUAAAGAAGAUCAAAAUGUUCCAUUAGAAACUUUUGAUUCAUCUGGAAAACAGGUCUUAUCAAGAGAAAGUGGUAGAAAGAAUAAUUAUGGGGAAGCAAAAAAGCUGAUUUUGGAAAAUUCUACUUCCCAAGAAAAAACGGAUCUUUCAAAAGGGAACUCAAGGCAAAAAAUCACUUCACUGGCUGCUAGUUCCACCUCACUUCGAGGUUUGCCAGAAGAUGGUAAGAAUGAAACUCCUGAAGAACAACUGAGUAUACUUUUGGAAGCAGCUCCAUCUGCAAAAGAAAAUUCAUCAAGAGUGGGCAGAAAGAAAACAAUUUCUUCCAAAUCUGAAGAGACUAGUUCUACUUUUCUCAGGGAAAAACAUGGCUUGCCCAAAGAUAGAGGUCAAAAGAGGAUUCUUAAAGAAGGUGAAGGUGUGUCCCUAGAAAAUAAUUCAUCCCAGGAAAAAACAAGGCAAUUGAGGAAUAAAAGGAAAAAGGUAGAAUUCACAUCAGAGGCAGCUACUUCUAUUCGUAAAAACGGCGACUUGCCAGAAAAUGGUAACACUUUGGAAACUCAAAAUGUGUGUUUGACAUCCACUGGGUCUGAAAAAAAAAAUCGGUCUGGAAAAGAGGUUAACCCUGUACAACAGGCAACUUCCACUUCUCGCAGAAGAAAAUGUCAGUUGCCAGCAGAUGACUUAGCAUCCAAAAAAUUAAAAUCAGAGAAUGAUGAAAAUAGAUCGCUACAAAAAGGAAAAAGAAACAAAGCUAAAGAAGAACUUGGUGAAGAGAAUGUGAGAGCUACUCGGACUGCUGGAGGGAUGGACAGGAAGACAAGAUCAAGCACAAGAACAAGUGCAAGAACAAGACAAUAG